CCAUCGCCUCGCUCUAGAAGUCCCGGUACUCUUCCAAGUGUUCCAAGUGUCUUUGCAUUUGAUUCUCAAAAUAAAAAGUGUCUUCGCAUUCUCCUGAUUCUCACUUGUCUUUACCAUUUGCUUCGUAACCUAGAGUUCUGUGACAAUGGCGGACGAGGUGGUUCUGUUGGAUUUCUGGCCAAGUAUGUUUGGGAUGAGGGUCAGGAUUGCUCUGGCUGAGAAAGGUAUCGAGUAUGAGUACAAGGAAGAGGACUUGAGGAACAAGAGUCCUCUGCUUUUAGAGAUGAACCCCAUUCACAAGAAGAUCCCAGUUCUCAUCCACAAUGGGAAACCGGUAUGUGAGUCCCUCAUCAUUGUUCAGUACAUAGAUGAGGUCUGGAAGGACAAGUUUCCAUUGCUACCCACUGAUCCUUACCAGAGAGCUCAUGCCAGGUUCUGGGCUGAUUUUGUUGAUAAGAAGGUUUAUGAAGUUUCAAGGAAGAUAUGGACCACCAAAGGAGAAGAAAAAGAGGCAGGCAAGAAGGAAUUCUUUGAAAUCUUCAAGACAUUGGAGGGAGAGCUUGGGGACAAGCCUUACUUUGGGGCUGAAACAUUUGGGUUUGUGGACCUUUCUCUUAUCCCCUUCUACAGUUGGUUCUAUGCAAUUGAGACCUUUGGAGAAUUCAACAUGGAGGCAGAGUGUCCCAAGAUUGUUGCAUGGGCUAAGAGGUGCUUGCAAAAAGAGACUGUGGCCAAGACUCUUCCUGACCAAAAGAAGGUUUAUGAGUUUGUUGGACAAAUGAGGAAAAGGUUUGGCUUGGAGUAGAGCAAUGGUUAAACCCAACUCUUGGAAGUACUAGCAUUUCUUAAUGGUUUUGGAUGGUUGUCUAAUCUUGUUGGUUACAUUUUGUGAUGUUUUAAGUUUGAGUUUUUUUUUUUUUGCCUAAAAAAACAAAGAUGGUUGUGUUUCAUUUGGGUCCGUUGAACUUGUAAGACACAUCGGCGUGUGAGCUAAGAUUUGAAUCUAAAGGGCAUGUAUAGUAUUGUAAUAAGAAAAAUAAUUUGUUGUGUCUGCUAUGUUUUAGAUGAAAUUGUAUCCUUAUGCCUUUUGUGUGUGUAGACUAUUGGAGAUUUUACUCGAAUAAAAUAUAUUUGUGAUAUGAAA